AUGGAGCUAAUCAAACACCUCCCUUUCCUAUUUCUUUUCACAUUACUUUCUUACCAUGCUAAGUUGGUCUUCGGAGAAAGAUCAAGCUACAUUGUCCAUAUGGACAAAUCCUUGAUGCCUAAAGUUUUUCCUACACACAACCAUUGGUAUUCUUUCACCGUUAGCUCCCUCAAGCCCACCACCACAAACUCAUUCGAUCAUCACCACAAGCCACUUAACCUACUCUACACUUACGACAACGUCUUCCACGGAUUCAGCGCAGUGAUGUCCAAAGACGAAGUCGAAGCCCUGAAGAAAACCCCGGGCUUCGUCUCCGCCUACCCUGACAGAAGCGUCACGGUUGACACCACCCACACGUUCGAGUUCCUCUCUCUCAACCCCUACGCGGGCCUAUGGCCGGCCUCUGAGUACGGAAAGGACGUGAUCAUUGGCGUCAUCGACACCGGCGUCUGGCCCGAGAGCCCUAGCUACAAAGACGACGGAAUGUCGGAAAUACCCUCGAGGUGGAAAGGCACGUGUGAGGCCGGUCAAGAAUUCAACUCCUCUCUAUGCAACAAGAAACUGAUCGGAGUCAGAUACUUCAACAAGGGCGUCAUCGCCGCGAACCCGAACGUCACCAUCAGCAUGAACUCUGGCAGGGACACGGAGGGGCACGGGACCCACACGUCCUCCACUGCUGCAGGAAACUAUGUCGCAGGCGCCUCGUUUUUCGGGUACGCCUCGGGGACUGCGAGGGGCAUUGCCCCUCGCGCACACGUGGCAAUGUACAAGGUCAUUUGGGAGGAAGGGCGGUAUGCCUCCGACGUUCUUGCCGGUAUGGAUCAGGCCGUCGCUGACGGAGUCGAUGUGAUUUCGAUCUCAAUGGGAUUCGACGAUGUCCCGUUGUACGAGGACCCAAUCGCCAUAGCUUCUUUCGGAGCUAUGGAGAAGGGCGUAUUAGUCUCCUCAUCGGCCGGGAACGAAGGAAAUUUAGGAACUUUGCAUAAUGGGAUUCCGUGGGUGUUGACCGUCGCGGCAGGGUCCAUUGACCGUUUCUUCGCCGGAGGUUUGACUUUGGGAAACGGGGAGAAAAUCACCGGCUGGACGACUUUUCCGGCGCCGGCUCUUGUGAAAGAUUUGCCCCUCAUUUAUAAAAAGAAUAUAUCUUCUUGCAAUUCAACCGCAGCUCUGGCAACGGUUGGUUACGCCAUAGUCAUAUGCGAGAAAGGCUCUGUUUUCAACCAAAUGCAAUACUUCUCCACCUCAAGCGUCGCCGCCGCAAUCUACAUCUCCGACGACCCCGACGUACUCGAGUUCACCGACUUCCCAUACCCCGGCGUCGUCGUCUCCACCAAAAACGCCCAAACUCUGCUAAACUACGUCACCAAACGCAAUGGCAGCGCGACCGCCACCAUCAACUUCCAGCAGACGCUGGUCGGAGCAAAGCCUGCUCCGACCGUGGCGUCCUACACCUCGCGCGGCCCGGCGCCAAGCCACCCGGGCGUUCUGAAGCCCGACGUGAUGGCGCCGGGUUCGCUAGUGCUUGCGUCGUGGAUCCCCAACACCCUGACGAAUAUCAUCGGGUCCAACAUUGGUCUAACGAGUGAUUUUAUCCUGGCGUCGGGCACGUCUAUGGCCUGCCCGCACGCCUCCGGGGUCGCGGCCCUUCUGAAAGGGGCCCACCCCGAGUGGAGCCCCGCGGCUAUCCGGUCGGCCAUGAUGACCACGGCCGACCCUCUCGACAACACGCGGGAGUACAUUAAGGACUCGUUUUUCAGUUACGAGAUUGCCACUCCACUAGCUAUGGGGUCGGGUCAGGUCGACCCGAACCGGGCUGCCGACCCGGGUCUUGUUUACGACGCCACGCCGCAAGACUAUGUGAAUCUCCUCUGCUCAAUGAACUACACAAAGAACCAGAUCUGGACCAUAACCCGAUCCGCUUACACAUGCACCGACCCGAGCUCCGACUUGAAUUAUCCAUCGUUCAUAGCCUUGUACCAAAACAACACCGAGUACGGUGUGGUUCAGGAGUUCAACCGGACGGUGACGAAUGUGGGGGGAGAAACGACGUCGUACAAGGUGAGAGUGAAUGCGCCGAGCGGUGCGGCGGUGACGGUGGCGCCGACUACUCUUCAAUUCGGGAAGAAAUAUGAGAAGCAGAGCUAUUCGCUGAGGGUUGCUUAUAGUGGAAACACGAGUGGAGUGGUGGAGUUUGGGUCGAUUAUUUGGGAAGAGGAAAGUGGAGGGCACAGUGUGAGGAGUCCCAUUGUGGUGGCGCCGAUGAUUCCGGUUUGGUGAUUGCAA